GGCCUCCACCUAGAAAGAGAGAGUGUCACCAAAAUAUCUAAACGUAAAGUCAAAAAUUGGGGCUAGGAGCUAUGGAGAGGAGACUGACAGAUUAGAGUAGACCAAUCCCUUUAAAAUCUUAUCUCCCUUUAAAAUCUUAUCUUCCUCGUUUUGUGGAGUAACCUGCAAAUCUCUUCCUCUCUUCUGUUCUCUUCUGUAACAAAAUCAAAUCUCCUUUCUUCUCUCUCUCCUGGCCGCUGGUGAAAUGGCGGAAGCCUGGAUCACCUUCCUCUCUCUCUUUUUCUGUGUUGCCCUAGCCUUCGUCUUUUUCAAAUCAAAAACCAAGAAAACCCUACCUCCCGGCCCUCCAUCCCUUCCCAUUAUCGGCAACCUCCUCCUCCUCCGUGGGUUAGGCAUCGACCUCGAGCCCACCCUCAGUAAGCUUCACAAGAAAUACGGACCCGUGUUGACCCUCCGCCUCGGCCGCCGCCCGUCCAUCUUCGUCACCACGCGCGCCGUUGCCCACCGGGCCCUGGUCCAGCAGGGAGCCGCCUUCGCGGACAGGCCCCCUGCCGCUCCUGCCUCCGCCGUCUUUUCCAGCCGGCAGCACAACAUUAGCUCCGCCCCUUAUGGCCCCAUCUGGCGCGUGCUCCGUCGCAACCUCAUCUCUGAGACUCUCGCGCCUGCACGCGUCAAGGCCUUCACCCCAGCUCGCCAGUGGGCCGUCCAAACCCUCAUAGACGCACUCCAUGAGAGGGCUCUCGAGGGCCCUGUGUGUGUGAUUGAGGCCAUGCGUUUUGCUGUGUUCUCGCUGUUGUUGUCCAUGUGCUUUGGCGAGAGGUUUGGCGACGAGGUGGUGAAGAAGGCAGAGACUGCACAGCGGAGGCUGCUACUCAACUUCUCGAAGUUCACCAUUUUUGCCCUUUUCCCCAGAAUAGGGAAAUUCAUCUUCAGGAAACGAUGGCAGGAGGUGCACGACAUUAAACACCAGCAAGAGGCAGCACUGUUGCCUUUAAUUCAUGCGGCCGCAGAGCGGCGGAGGAAAGGGCAGACGGGGUUCUUCUCGUAUGCAGACUCGUUAGCGUUACUGGAGCUGCCAGACUGUCGGAAGCUGAGCGACGAGGAGAUGGUAAGCCUGUGCUCCGAGUUCCUCAACGGCGGCAGUGACACCACAAGCACCACCCUGCAGUGGGUGAUGGCCAACUUAGUGAAACACCCCCACGUGCAGGCCAAGCUUUACAAGGAAAUUGAGCAGGAAGGUGGGGUUGAUGAGGAGAAGCUGCAGAAGAUGCCAUACCUGAAGGCGGUGGUUACGGAGGCCCUCCGGCUGCACCCGCCUGGGCACUUCGUGCUGCCGCAUACAGUCACAGAGGAUUCUACAUUAGAUGGUUUCGUGAUACCCAAAGGGGCAAGUGUGAAUUUUAUGGUGAGGGAGAUGGGGGUGGACCCAGAGGCAUGGGAGGAGCCAUUGGAGUUCAGGCCUGAGAGGUUUCUGGGAGGCGGGGAGGUGGAUUUAACAGGAAGCAAGGAGAUAAGAAUGAUGCCAUUUGGGGUUGGGAGGAGGAUUUGUCCAGGAAUGGGUUUAGCCAUGAUGCACCUCCAAUAUUUUGUGGGGCAUCUGGUGAAGGAGUUUGAAUGGAAGAGGGUUGAGGGAGAGGAGGUCGAUUUGUCUGAGAAGGUAGAGUUCACAGUAGUCAUGAAAAACCCACUCAGAGUACUUCUCAUCCCAAGGGCAUGUUCAGAAAACUGAACUGAAAUAUCAUCUUUUUACUAUCCUCAAAUAUUAAAAUUUUAAAUAUAUUGGGUAGUUAUUUAAUGUUUACCAUCUCGAAAAAUGAUCCCUCUUACCUGUUGAGGACCUUGAGGAUUGCCAUUACAAAGGAUUACCAUUAAAGAUGAUAUAGGUAUCCAGACAAGUCAAAUCGUACACCAUGAUCACUGUUUUUAGAUAUCUGUAUUAACUUUAAUAAUAUUUUUUUAGAAUCCUACAUACAUGAAUGGGAGAGGUCAGAUAAUUACUCCUCUUAAUAUAUUAGAUAGUUAUUUAUCUUAGCGAGAGAAAGUAUGUAAUGUAUCUUGAGAUAUGUAUUAAUAAUAUUUCUUUAGAAUCCUACGUACAUGAAUGGGAGCGGGUCAGAUAAUUACUCCACUAAAUAUAUUGGAUAGUUGUUUAUCUUAGCGAGAGAAAUGUAUGUAAUGUAUCUUGAGAUAUGUAUGAGGAUGUUGUGUAGUC